AAUGAACUCAAUGAAUUCAUAAGGAAACGAUUCAAAACCCUCCACUUGGUCAUUAUACACGAACUUACAUUCUUUUAUUCAUACCUUUUACAUUAAUAUCAUUAUUAUUUAUUAUUAUUAUUAUUAUUAUUCAUGCCACCUCGACUUUCUCGUCGUAUGAAAUGGAGCUUAUUUGGACUAGCUACUACUGGUGGAAUAUGUGCAACCCUUUAUACAUAUCAAACCAAACCAACAAAGACAUUGACAGGAAAAGACCAACAUCGUACACAACAACAAGUAGUGGCUGGAAGACAAGUCUUAUGGAACCUUGGUGACUUUACUUGGCAAGACAUUCCUUCUUUUAUAGUCAAACGAUAUACACCCCCUUAUGAACCUUCAUCCUUACUUUGGAAAGCUGGAAAUGUCCUGGUGGUUGGUGGUGUUGGUGCGUUUUCCAAAUGUGUUUUAUCUUGUUUACAAACUACUCGGGUUUAUCAUAUGGAUCGUUUCCUUUCUAUUUUACAUGAUCCACAACGUCAACAAGGCAUCAUUACUGUAUCCAAUCAUGUUUCUGUAUGGGAUGAUCCUGUUUUAUGGGGUGUAUUACCUAUGACUACAUUACUCAAUAUUAACAAGAUGCGAUGGGUACUUGGAGCAGCAGAUAUUUGUUAUACCACUAUAUUUAAAGCCACUUUCUUCUCACUAGGUAAAGCCAUUCCAACCAUUCGUGGAGGUAGUAUUUAUCAACCAGCUAUGGAUUUCGCUAUUGAUAAAUUAAAUCAUGGAGAUUGGAUUCAUGUAUUUCCUGAAGGCAAAGUGAAUCAAACACCAGUGAUGCUUCGAUUUAAAUGGGGAAUAGGUAGAUUGAUGAUGGAAUCAAAUCCUUGUCCUAUUGUCAUUCCAAUUUGGCACCAAGGUAUGGAAAAUGUACGACCCUUAGUAGGACCUUUUGCUCAACUCUUUCAACCUGUGAUGAUGGUAUUUGGUGAACCUUUGGAUUGUCAAGAUAUAUUGGAUAAUUGGAAAAAGGGUGAAUUGACAGAUGAAGAAACAAGAAUUCAAUUGACGAAUAGAAUAGUGGAUGCUUUGAAACAAUUGAAGAUGACCACUUUACAACAAAUAGAGGCUGGUACUUUGUAGAAAUAUAGAUGAUUUUUUGUAAUAAAAACAAUUGUGUAGUUUUUUCCUUUUUU